AUGGCCCCCGCGCUGCUGCUGCUGGCGGCGCUGGCGGUGCUGGCGGCGCCGGGGGCCGGAGAGGCGUGGGCCUGCCCCCCGGGGCCCGGGCCGGAGCCCCCCUUCGACGCGCUGUACGCGGCCGGCGUGGAGGCGCACUCGCGGGCGGACUUCGCGGGCGCCGCGCGCUGCCUGGAGCGGGCGCUGAGCGCCGAGCGCCGCCUGCGGGACGCGCGCCUGGGCUGCGGGCUGCGCUGCCGUCGGGAGGCGCCGCUGACGCCCGCCGAUGCCCGCGCUCACGCCCACGGCCGGCCCGCCUGGGACCUGCCCUCCGCCGGCGCGCUGCUGCGCCGGGCGCGCUGCCUGCGCUCCUGCCGGCGGGCCGCGCCCGGCCUCGGCGCCGACUCCCGGCACCUGGCCAGCGACGAGGUCCGCGCCGAUUUCCAGCGCCGCCUGCCCUACAGCUACCUCCAGAACGCCUACAUCCAGUUAAACCAGCUGGACAAGGCAGCUGAUGCUGCACACACCUUCUUUUUGGCCAACCCAGAACACAUGGAAGUUCAGCAGGACAUUGAGAAUUACAAGACGAUGGCAGCAGGGAAGGUGGAUUUAGUGGACCGAGAGGCGAGGCCACACAUGGAGGACUAUCUUUCAGGAGUUAGGCACUAUGACAAAGAAGAGUACCACCUGGCCAUUGAUUUCUUGGAGCGGGCACUAACCGAGUACAGUGUGGCUGAUUUGGAGUGCCGAGUCUUGUGUGAGGGACCACAGAGAUUUGAAGAAUACACGUAUCUGGACUAUAAAGCCACCCUCUAUGAAGCAAUUGCAGAUCACUACAUGCAAGUCUUGGUGUGUCAACACGAGUGCGUGAGGGAGCUGGCAACGCGGCCCGGGCGACUCUCACCCAUUGACAACUACCUCCCCUUGCAUUACGAUUUCUUGCAGUUCGCCUAUUACAGAGUUGGCGAUUAUGUCAAAGCCCUGGAGUGUACCAGGUCGUAUCUCCUGUUCCACCCGGAAGAUGAAUAUGUCUUAGAUAAUGAGAGCUAUUAUGAAAGUCUCCUAGAAGGAUCUGUUGACCUGGGCAGCAUCAAACCCAGAGAGGAAGCUGUGAUGUUCCUGAGGCGGCAUAAGCUGGAAGCAUACCUCCUGCAGACAGGAGCAGCUGGCCUGGGCUUCUUGUACACCGAGCCGACUUACUGGAGCAUCUCUGGGUCUCGUCAAGACGAACACAGGGUUCCUUCAGGUGUUCAAAGUGACCAAGCAGAUGGGUCUGGGAGGCCGCUAGGAAGAAAGAGCGUGCCAAAGGUGGAUCAUGAACUGCGGGAAGGGGGUCCUCUCCUCUUCAGCAACGUGAAGUUUGUCUAUAACUCAGAGCAGCUCAACGGGACUCAGCGCGUGCUGUUGGACAAUGUGAUGUCAGAGGAGGAGUGCCGGGAACUGCACCGGGUUGCCAACGGUAUUCUGUUGGCUGGAGAUGGCUACAGGGGGAAGAUGUCACCUCACACCCCCAAUGAGAGGUUCGAAGGGGCCACCGUCCUCAAAGCCCUCAAGUUCGGCUACGAGGGGCGAGUUCCUCUGAAGGGCGCCCGCCUCUUUUACGACAUCAGCGAGAAAGCCCGCAAGAUUGUCGAGUCCUACUUCCUGCUCAACUCCACCCUCUACUUCUCCUACACACACCUGGUGUGCCGGACGGCUCUGUCAGGCCAGCAGGAGCGGAGGAAUGACCUGAGCCACCCCAUCCAUGCGGACAAUUGCCUGCUGGACCCCGAAGCCAACGAGUGUUGGAAAGAGCCCCCUGCUUACACCUUCCGAGAUUACAGUGCUCUCCUGUACAUGAACAGUGAUUUUGAAGGUGGCGAAUUCAUCUUCACCGAGAUGGAUGCCAAGACAGUUACGGCUUCAAUAAAACCCAAAUGUGGGCGCAUGGUCAGCUUUUCAUCUGGCGGGGAAAACCCUCACGGCGUGAAGGCGGUCACCCAAGGCCAGCGUUGUGCAGUUGCCCUAUGGUUCACUCUCAACCCGCUUUACCGGGAAGUGGAGCGAAUCCAAGCGGACGAGGUCGUCGCAGCCUUAGACCAGGAGCGCCUCGGACCCCACGAACUCAGCAUCAACCCCAAGGAUGAGCUAUGAUCCAGGCCAAGGACACGCAAAUUAAAACGUUUAUUUAAUAUUUG